UCUCAAACACAAACAAAUAUUGUUUCAGGCACAGGGUGGCACUGUGGCAUUUUUAUAUUAAUUAUAAUCCAUUUGUACAUUUUUUUGUAGCUGGCGAUUUUCCGAUGAAGACAAGCUCGGUACAAAGGAGUUGUGUAUAGGUUGAGUGAGUAUCGUCCAACAAUGUCUGCUGAAAUACCCAUGGAGAGACUGUACCAUAGAACGUGCACAGACUCAAAUCAGUCAGUUCAGUCUCCUGCACAUAUCCCACCUACUGGAAUCAGCAGGGUUGAGCACCAAGAGGGUAGACUCGGUUUGCUGGCCUUACAGGGUGAACCAGUGGUUGGCAAGACUCACCCUACCUUCUCCUCUCUUCUGAGCCUCGAUGAUGCUAUCCCCACUGGACAAUACCAGCCAGAUGCCUUUCAGGCCGGUAAUCAGACUAUGCAACAAGCUCCAGAUCAUCCAUGUGAGGUGGUUCAGCAGCAAAUUGAGCAGAUCCACAUGGUGCUACAGGAGCAGGGUAGACUGCUGACUCUACUUGGAACAGUCUCUCUUGAAGGUCUGAUGUUUCCUGCCUGUGUUCCCUUGCGUUGGAUUAGCUUGCCACCUGCCCAGACUGUCAAGAGUGCUGAGAAGCUCCCAGUUUUCCCCGUAUCAUCUCCAUCAGAUCAAAGGAGGCCUGAAAACCAUCCUGUCCCCAGAUGUCCCGGCCAGGAUGUAUUUAGAUCAACAAAAGAUACAGCAGAGCAGAGACACUUACCAGUCAACACAUGGACUGACCAGACUGUACACAAAGAUGGAAACCAGGACCCAGUCAGUCCCUCUGGAGUGAGGAACACCCUGCCAUUUAACCCUGAAGACAGAUCUGCUGUGAGGGACAAAGAGGACCUCAAGGAGCUGAAAACUCAUGAAAUCUCUGAGCCAGUGCAACUGCAGAACCUCAGUGGGAUGAUCAGCUCCACAGAGAGACAUUACUUCUUGCGGGAGGGUGAGGGCAUAUCAAGGACAGACGGAAAUAAUUUCAAAGUCACUGACCAGCAGGAGGUCCAGCAGAGGGCUUCCCUCAGCCCACAGCAGGCCAGCAGGAAGUUAACCUCUGGCAUUCAGAGUAGCUCCUCUGCGCCAACUAUGGUCUUUAAAGGCGAAGAAUCACAGCUUGAAACCUUCCAGUCUCUGACCUUUCAGCCCGAGCAAAGCCGAGAUUUUGGGACUUUACAAGACCCCCGGUGCAGCCAGAGAAACUCCCAAACAGAGUUCCAUGCUCAGGCUAAGGUCUUUUCCCUGGUCCGCAGCCAAGAACAAUCUUAUAUGAACGCUUCUCUCAUGUCCCAACCUGAAACUGUACAUUUUCAAGUAAAAGAGAUAACUGAUGCAACAACAGAUGUAGAAGAAGUGAAGGUUAGCCAAUUACAAGAAAGAAACAAGUCCAGAGAGAAAUCCCAUUUGGAAGAAAUAGAGAACAGUGAUAACCCUCAUUCAAGACAGACAGAAUGUAGAACUAAUCAACCACUCUCUAAGCUGACUGUUAGCAAGACUUUCAGAGACAAAAACGUGAGACACCAAGAAAUGGAAAGCAUGGGUGAAACUGCAGGAGAAAUUGCUGCUGACGAAGACGGGUUGAUAGGUCAGUUUGAAUUCACAACACCUCCUACAAAAAUGUCUGUAAGCUCAUCUGGUGCAACCUCAGGUGAACGACGGGAACAAUCCCUGCAGCAGCAGAGCACACCCAAGCAUCCCGGCGCUGUGCAUCAAUCAAACUUAGUCAACGUUUCCCCCACUCUGAGGGACAACAAAGUUUCCCCUUGGGUCUGGAGAAAUCAGGAAGUGAUUGUUAAUUUUAAGACCAUAAACGACCACAUGGAGAGAGUCUCAAACUUUAACAUGGAAACUCUAUCCACAGACUGCGAUCAAACAAAAACACAAUUUCAUCUCUGCCGGUGCAGAAAGUCAAGACCAGGAAGCGGCGCAGGCUCAGAUUGGGUUGAAGGUCAAAGACAAGCUACAACAACAACAGCGUUUUGUCUUUGUGUGCCAAACAACACAAGUCAAGUCUCAACACCUCUGAAAUGCAGUACAUUUCCCAUGCAUUCCACAACAAGAAGCAGUAGCAGUGAGAAUGAAGCUAACCCAUCCGCCCGGUGUCACCAGUUUCCCAAGCUCCCAUCUCAUCCUCCCUGCCUUGGCCUCCAGGAUUCCCAUUUAGAGAAUGAUCAUGCCAGUGAAGCUGAGGAGGGAUGA